AUGGGCGACACUCAGAAGGGCCAGCUUCAUCAGGGAGGUCCUGCGAGAGCUGAACUGCACCCGUUCCCCUCCAGAAGGCUCACAGGAGAUACCCUCCAGGAUGCUGGUGAAAGACAAGGCUGCAAGCAGGAGCUGGAGACAGAAAACAAGAUGGAGCCAUCUUUUGGAAAGAGACAGGGAACAGUAACUCCCUGUGUGAUGGCAGUGUGGGAGUGCGAGGAUGGUGGCGGCACCCCCAUCAGCAAGGUUAUUCUUGCUGGGGACAAGCCAGACCCUGCCGUGUGUGGGAACAUUUGGAUUCAGCAGGUGGGGGAGAAAACCUACGAGUGUCCCGAGUGUGGGAAGAGCUUCAGCCGGAGCUCAUACCUGAGCCAGCACCAGAGGAUCCACCUGACAGAGAAACCCUUCAGCUGCUCUGAAUGUGGGAAGAGUUUCACCCGCAACUCUGACCUGAUCAAACACCAGCGGAUCCACACCGGCGAGAAGCCCUACCAGUGCAACGAGUGUGAGAAGACCUUCAGCCAGAGGUCCAAUGUUAUCAGGCACCAGCGCACCCACACGGGAGAGAGACACUACCAGUGCAACGAAUGUGGGAAGAGCUUCAGCCAGAACUCCCAUCUCAUCGUCCACCAGAGAAGCCACAAGGGUGAGAAACCAUUUAAUUGCCCCCGGUGUGAGAAAAGCUUCAGUGACCGCUCCUCCCUGAUCAUACACCGGAGGGUCCACACCGGAGAGAAGCCCCACAAGUGCCAGGAGUGCGGGAAGCGUUUUCGAGACAGCUCGGCCAUCAUUCGGCAUCAGAGGAUCCAUACUGGCGAGAAACCCUACGAGUGCACCGAGUGCGGGAAAACCUUCCGCCAGAGCUCCUCACUGGUGACCCACAUGCGAACGCACACAGGCGAGAAACCCUACAAAUGCCCCGUGUGCGGGAAGAGCUUCAGCCAGAGCUCAGCACUCACCACACAUCGCCGCAUCCACGGGGGAAAGGCCUUGCCCAUGUACCACGGCAGCCUCUUGCCCAGCCCCUACCAGUGCGCCGAGUGCGGCAGGAGGUGCAGCGACCACCCCACUCUCGUCAAGCACCAGACCACGCACGCAGAGGAGCGGCCCUACAUCUGUGUGGAGUGCGGGGACAGCUUCCGACGCAGCUCGGCGCUCAACGUCCACCUGAGGAUCCACCGCGGGGAGAGACCCUACAAAUGUGAGGAAUGCGGGAAAACCUUCCGGCAUAGCUCAGCCCUCGGUGCGCACCUGAGGAUCCACGCAGGAGCCAAGCCCUACGAGUGUGGUGAGUGUGGGAAAAGCUUCCGGAAAAGCUCGACGCUUAAAGUGCAUUUGAAAAUCCAUGUGGCCAAGAAGCCUUAUAAAUGUACGCUGGGUAGGAGAACUCUCUCUUCCCGCUCUCUUCUCCCGUAGGGUUGGAGUGGCUGGUUGGAGUGGGAACCAGAAGCAGUAUUUGGUUGUGUCUGUGGGCACACGGACAGCGUGGGUGCUGAGAAACACAGUGGGAAAAGACUAGUUGGGGACUAACUGUAUCUCUAGUAUCUGGGCUGGGUGCUUAAUCCCAGUGGUACAAAAACCAUUAGGAAAUUAGGAGGUCGGGAAGUUAGUCAUAAGAGCUGCAUAUUGGUGAUUUAGGGAGAGUACUGAGAGCCCGAGGAAGGGGGAUCAAGUUCUGGGUAAUUUGGGGACUGUGAAUAUGUGGUUGAAUACAAAUGGAAGAAUCAGGCUUUUAAAAGAACUUUUCUACUAAAUAAAAUAUGAAAAUUAAAAGUUCCAAGUUGGCUCUGAUUCAAAACUUUGGCUUGUUAGAUACUGCAGUAGUCUUAGAAACACUCUUAUUUUCUAUGACUGUAGUAAAGUUUACUCAGUGUUUGACAAGGCACUUUGAAUUCUUGGAGUCUAAGACUUAGGACCUGAACCUCAACCUGUUUGUCUUUGCUUCCUCUUUUCCAAAUCAUACAUGGGACAAUGAAUUCCUACCUCCGUGUGCAAAGUCUGGUUCGUACAACACCUGAGCAAAGCAAAAGCGAUGUGGCUGCUCUCAGAAAAUGCGGAUGUGCAAAUAUUUCCAGUUGUAACACUGCCUGUUGCUAGUCUUUGGCAGCUUCCCCAAAAUGUGUCCUCUGGUUUGAUACAUCUUCUGACUAG